AUGGCACCUGCUGGCGGGGGUGUUGUGCUGGCAGCUCUGUCGCUGCUGUACUUAUGCGGAGCUAUUUUAUCCAGCGACUAUUUCUCCACUUUGACUUUCUUCAACAGCGACCUUUAUAAACACGGCUGCAGUUCUCCGGCCGAGUGGGAGGAGUAUGCGGCGGACUGCGAGUCAUCUAUACUGCAGCUGGAGGAUCCAGACUGUGAGGAGGGGAGCAGCCCACCCUGCGAGUCCAUCUUUUCACUCAACGCAGAGAAAAUCCUUAAUCAGGCCAAGUUGUUGGUCGAACAGCGUCGGUUUCCGUUCCCUGUGGAAAAUCAAAAUACCAAUGAAGAACUCGCUAUUGGAUACGUCCUCAUUAGAAAUGGACUUUAUGAUGAGGCUGUCAAACACUUUUCUUUACUGCUACAGGGAGAUCCUGAACUGGUCAGUGCCAUCUAUGGGCGGGGAAUAGCAUAUGGCAAAAAAAGUCUACAGGACAUUAAGAACGCAGACCUGGCUCUGUACGAGCUGAGCAGAGUGAUCUCACUGGAGCCCAACAGACCGGAGGUGUACGAGCAGAGAGCCGAGAUUCUGUCUCCAUUGGGUCGCAUUAGUGAAGCUCUUUCUGACCUGACCAAAGCCAUUCAGCUUCAGCCUUCAGCUCGACUCUACAGACACAGAGGAACAUUGCUCUUCAUAUCAGAGGAUUAUAUAGCAGCCAUGGAGGAUUUCCAGCAGUCUCUAGAGCUGAAGAAGAACCAGCCCAUUGCCAUGCUUUAUAAAGGACUGACCUUCUUCCACAGGGGCCUUCUGAAGGAGGCUAUCGAAGUGUUCAAAGAAGCUUUGAAGUUGAAGUCAGACUUUAUCGAUGCAUAUAAAAGCUUGGGCCAGGCUUACAGAGAGUUGGGCGAUUUCGAGAACGCCAUGGACAGCUUUCAGAAGGCUCUGUUACUGGAUCAAAACCACAUUCAGUCUUUGCAGCUCAGAGGAAUGAUGCUCUAUCAUCACGGAAGUCUGCAGGAAGCCAUCGGCAACUUCAAGAGAUGCCUUCAGCUGGAGCCCUACAAUGAAGUGUGUCAGUACAUGAAGGGUCUCAGUCACGUGGCAAUGGGGCAGUUCUAUGAGGGCAUUAAAGCUCAGACUAAAGUCAUGCUUAAUGACCCUCUCCUGGGACAGAAAGCCAGCACGGAGUAUCUCAAAGUCAAAUAUCUCCGAGAGUACUCUCGGUAUUUGCACUCUCAUCUGGAUGCACCUGUGGCGGAGUAUAAUGUUGAUCAGGAUUUGCCAGGAAACUUUAAAAACCACUGGUCCAAAAAUCUACCAUUCCUUAUAGAAGAUUAUGAAGAACAGCCUGGACUUCAGCCUCAUAUAAAAGAUGUUCUACCGCAGAUCUUCGAGAGUUAUUCUGCUGAUGUUCAGAAGCUCAUCUGUACAGCGGAUCAUCUCGGUGCACUGAUGCAGUACGACACAUUGGGAUUCUUACCAAACCUCAGAAUACACAGAGCAAUGGGUUUGGCAACUAUAGAAGUGAUGCAGGCCAUGCAGCGCACUUGGAGUAACUCAAAGGUUCGAGUGAACGGAAAGACUAGACAGCUGCAGUGGAGCGACAUGUUUGACAUCGCAGUGAAAUGGAGAAGGAUUGCAGAUCCGGACCAGCCCGUGUUGUGGUUGGAUCAGAUGCCUGCUAGAACUCUCAGCAGAGGAUUUAACCAUCACAUCAACCUCAUCAGAGGGCAGAUCAUUAAUAUCAGAUAUAUGGAAUAUUUUAGUAGCAUUCUCAGCUUUGUAAAGGACAGAAUACUGGUAUAUCACGGGGCAUAUAACCCGCGAGGGCUUCAGGAAGUCGAGCAAGCUCUGGAGAAUGUGAAUAAAGUGGAGGAUCUGCUGCCCAUCAUGAAGCAGUUCAACAGUAAAACCAGAGACGGAUUCACAGUCAACUCUAAAGUACACAGUAUGAAGGAUCCGAACAAAGAGUAUGACGGUUUUACCAUCACCAUCACUGGAGAUCGAGUGGGGAACAUGCUGUUUUCAGUAGAGACCCAGACAACAGAUGAACGGACGCAGCAGUAUCAGUCAGAGAUCGAAGCGCUUUAUAAAGAUCUCACUGCUAAAGGCAAAGCUCUCAUGCUCUCCACUGAACUUGGGGAUGCUGAUGCGGUGUGUAAUUUAAUACUCUCUCUGGUGUAUUACUUUUGUAACCUCAUGCCUCUGUCUCGAGGCUCCAGCGUUGUGGCGUACUCUGUAGUGAUGGGAGCGCUGAUGGCCAGUGGAAAAGAAGUGUUGGGCAGAAUCCCAUCUGGGAAGCUCUUUGAUUUCGAGGCCAUGACCACAGCCAGUCCUGAUCGCUUCAGCAAGACGGUCAAGAACUGGAUGAACUUAAAGAGCUUACCUACAUGGUACCACAACCUUCCAUCAGUUUCUGAGACGUUCCAGUUCACACGGACCAUGAUUGAAGUUCUGAACACAGACUCGGCUUCACACUGUCCCAAGAAAUCCUAAUUGCCAUCAAAAACAGGGGCCAUUUCUACACAGGACAUCUUUGCUUAUAGUCCUGUCUUUUACAUGGUUUGAGUUUUUACAUAUUGCAUUUCAAUCCGAAUUUUACCUUUAUUUAUUUGUACAAAAACAUUGAGAAGAGUGUCAAGUCAAAUUUUACAUUAAUCAAUGUUAUGUUGGCAUUAAGAUUUGGCAUACUUUUGUUUCGUCUGAACCGUGUUGAGAAUAAAACGGCAGGUUAUGUAGCACAUUUAAUUGAAGAUGUUUUACAUUCUUACAUGUUUUGAGGCACUCAGGUUUUUGGUUUUAGAAUGAAUUGGGACUUGCAGAGAUGUCCUUUGUAGAGUUUAUUAAGCAAUAUACUUCAGCUCUGAGUUUUGUUCUGAAUACUUGAACACAGUUGGGAAAGAUGUUUUUGUUGUUUGAAUGACACGUUUGUUUUUGAUGUAAUGGCUGAGCUAAAUAACAAGGAGAUCCUGAAGAGGUUUAUUUGAUUUGAACAAACACUGGAAACAGCCACACAUCAGUCAUUUAUUUGACAUCUCCCUUUCUGACUGAAAACAAAUCUUUAAAGACUUUGGAACUUUUAUUUUAGAAUCUUAAGGGACCGUUUUAAAUAGAUGUUUUGUUUUCUUAUUCAUCAUAGUUUGCGCUUUAUGGUCAAGACUUCUUUGUUUACCUGUGAAGAUGGUGAUUUGUCUUUUGUUUGGUAAGAGGAAAUAAAAGCAGUUCUUUAAUGCACAAAAACUUGAAAACUGAAACUCUGUGAGUUUGAUGGGAGUCACAGUCAAUAAAAUCAGUUAAAUGCAAA